GCUUCUUUCGAAUUCCCAAGAUUUCCUUAACUCUCUCAAACGGGACGAAGAAUAAUGAAUACGCGACCUCCCAAUCCCGCCUAAGAGAUAUCUUCGACGCAUCCCCGAUCCUGUGUGAGAUGCAACGGCCAAUGGCCAUUGAGCCUCGAUCGAUCGCUCAUCAUCGGAUACAACCAACGAUAAUAACAACCAUCCAGCUUGAACCUGAGCAACAGAGACAGCAUAGCACCAAGCAAGGCAUCACUAUACCCAAAAGAGCCUGAUAGCAAUGUCAUCUGAGCCGGAAGCAAAGAAAGCCAAGACCGACACGGACGAUGGCGAAAAGCAGCACCUCUUCAUUAUUCGGCAUGGGGAUAGGUUCGACUACAGUCAUCCAGAGUGGCUGGAAACGACAACUCGCCGUGGAGAUCCCCCACUCUCCAAACUGGGAUAUCAGCAAGCCCGAGAAACGGGGCUGUUUCUCGAUGGACAUUUGAAGGAGAUUGGUAUCACACCCGACAAGAUCACGUGGCUCACGUCACCCUUUCUACGCUGUAUCCAAACAUCCGAUUCCAUCUUGAAUGCAUUUCCCACUACCGACACGGAUGGCGUCAAGUUACUACCCGAAUACAGCGUCUUUGAAAUGGACGGCCACGGUGGCAAAAUGCACGCUUCGCUCCCCGAAGUUUCGGAACGAUUUCAUUACUUUCCUCGCCUCGAUGCCAGUCAUGAAUCUCUCUUUGUUCCCACCAUACCGGAACCUCGCGAAGGACUCCGACCCCGAUGCGAAAAAGCCAUGCAACACUUUCACAAAAAGUAUCUGUACAAACCCAAAACGGCCAUUAUCAUUGUCACCCACGCGGCAUCCUGUGUCGCACUGGCACGAGCCGCCUCCGAUUUGCCUCUAGACGCAGUCACACCCGCCGCUCCAUGCAGCAUCUUUCAAUUAACUCGUACCCGUCAAACGGAUGUGUGGGAUAUGGAUGCCCACGACAAGCCAGAGGGAAAAAACGGAUACACCGAUCAUCUCUCGGAUAUGGGGUUGAAAACCACAAGGCCGUGGAAUCAUUUUGGGCCCAAAGGAACCGACCAGUAUUACACGGGGCCGCCCACUUCGAGGUUUGCACCGUUGCCCACCAGGGAAGAUUCGACGGAAAUUUCAUAAAAAUAUGAAUGGUGUAUAUAUCUUUGUUGUUUGUGGUGUUGGUUGUGAACUGGUCCAUGAAUGGAAGCAACAAUUGCUAGCUCUCUUCGCAAAGAUCUUUUUGCAUAUAUAUCAUACAUAGUGUCCCUGUACAUAUUAUAAUUGCAUUCAAUUACGGUUUAUGUUUUGAUGCUCCUGUCACCGUGGCGUUUUCCAUAGGGUUUCGUCUCUAUCCAGCUACAGGCAGCUAGAGCCAUUCUGGCUUCAAGUUCCGGAACACUUGAGUGCAGUGGUCGAUUGAUUACCCGAAAGCUCUCCUUCGACAACGUCGUCAUUCAGCUAGCUGGCUAACUAGAAAGUCAAACCAACGUUCAAAGCAUAUGACUGUUUUGUUCCGCUGAGCAAAUAAUAAUAUGAAUAUAUAUAAUAUAGAAACCCCAUUCGAUAACUCUGCCCUACCAUGCCAACACCCCCGAGCCCCUUCUUUUCGGCGGUCGCAUCUGAUUCUUU